AUGCGUGAAAAAGAGUUGCGUGCACGCACGAAACGCAGACGUUCUGUUGACAACAGACUUGUCCCUCGGGCAAAAUCGCCACCACGCCGUGAAUACGCCGUAAAAGAGUCACAAUUGUCUAAGGCGGAAGAACAGAAGCAGUUGCAGCGGCAUAUCAAGGUGCUGGUGUGGGUGAUGACUCAGCCAAAAAACCACAAGACGAAGGCUAUGUCGGUUCGUGACACUUGGGGCAAGAGGGUCGACAUGCUUCUCUUCAUGAGCAGCAAAGAAGAUGAUUCAUUGCCAACCGUCAAGUUGAACGUAACUGAAAGAUAUGAUCACUUAUGGGGCAAAACUAAAGAAGCCUUCAAGUACGUACACCAGCAUUACAUUGAUGACUACGACUGGUUCAUGAAGACGGAUGAUGACACGUUCGUGGUGGUUGAAAAUUUACGCUACAUGCUCAGCCUCUACAACCCCGAGAUACCGAUUUACUUCGGCUGCAAAUUUAAGAAAUUUUACCCCCAUGGUUUCAUGAGCGGAGGUGGGGGUAACGUUCUUAGUCGCGGAGCAGUGAGAAAAUUCGUUGAGGAAGCGCUUAAAAAACCCAAGAAGUGCAAAGCUACUGAAGAAAAGGGCGCCGAAGAUGUUGAAAUGGGUAAAUGCUUGACCAGUGUCGGUGUACUGGCCGGGGACUCGCGAGACGAACGCGGCAGAGGUCGCUUCUUCCCCUACCCCCCCGCUUACCACCUCGUGCCGGGAAAUUUAACCAAGCAGAGAUGGUACUGGGACUACAUUUACUACCCGACAAAAAUAGGCCCUGAUUGUUGUUCAGACACCGCGAUUGCUUUCCAUUAUAUCGGCCCAGACAAGAUGAUCGAGCUUGAAUACCUCCUAUAUCGCCUCAGACCGUAUGGGAUUGUGCUUCAACAACCCUUUCCUCCAGCUCUCCCUCCGGACCUCGAAAGUGUCCCAAUGCAGACGUUUAACCGGGUUUAGUCAAGGUGUGUAUUUUUCUGCUGCAGUUGCUGAACUUUGAUAAGUGCACAUGAUGCACUCU